UGAAGUGGUGGGGUUGUAUAUGCAACCCCAUUAAAAUAAAUUUCAAGAAAGUAAUUUUUGGUAUCGAACUCAUGACCUUUUAUUAAGCAUAGAUGCUUCAAUACUACUAGGCUACAAUACUUAAUUUAUAAUUUUAACUUUAUUAAUACUUAAUGAGAGUAGUUAAUGACUAUUAAAAGGAGAUCUUUUGCCUAUUCAGUUUCCCUCUAAUUUAUGUGUCUAAUACGGUUCUUCCUCCUUCGCCAGACGACAUUGUCACAUUCCAACUUCCUCUCUGUUUGCCAAUCCAGUACCCGCUGCCGGCUGCUGCAUCAGACUAUGGAUGCGUGGUUGACAUUGCCACGGUGCCGCCUGGCACAAUUGUUGACAAUUUUUGGGAUAAUGAAUCAAUUAAAUUUGUCAUUACAAAGAAAUGAGCAAGAUAUUGUGAACGCCAUGAAACUUGUUAAUGUAACUAAAGAACAGUUGCAGAAGCUUCGAGAUGAAGGAUGGUAUAGUCACUUGGAAAAGGUCACCUCAUUUUGUAAUAAGUAUGAUAUGUUUGUUCCUGAGAUGGAUGACAUAUAUGUUCUUCUUGGAUGAUGUAGACGUGGCCAAGUGCAAAAUACUAGCAACCAACACUUUUGAGUAAGAGCAUUUCUUAGCUUGAUUGAUCAAAUUAUGUUGGAAUUAGAUGAUCAAUUUCAUGAGAUAAGUAAGGAAUUACUUAUUUGCAUGUCAUGCUUUCAGCCAGAAAACAAAUUUGUUGCUUUUGAUUCCAAGAAGCUGUUGCGACUUGCUUAGUUCUAUCCUAAUGAAUUUUCAAGUAAUGAUUUAUUGUACUUUGAGUAUCAACUUGAAAAUUUAUUUAUGAUGUUCGUAGUGACGAAAGAUUUUGGGGCAUAAAGAAUUUGAAUUAGCUUUCUAUAAAACUUGUUGAGUUGAAGAAGCAUUUGACACACGCGAAGGUUUAUCCCCUUUUGAAAUUAGUGUUGACUCUUUCAGUGGCGACAAUAUCAGUUGAAAGAUCAUUUUCUGCGAUGACAUUUAUCAAGAAUAAACUCCUGAAUAGCAUGGGUGAUGAGUUUCUAAAUGAUAAAUUAGUCACUUAUUUGGAGCAAGAGUUAUUUGAAAAUGUUCUUAAUAUAGAUAUUGCUAGACAAUUUAAACAUAUGAAACCUCGUCGAAAUGGCCUAUGUAAAGGUAAAUAUUAAUUUUGAAUGACUCUAAAGUUUUUUGUGACAUAUUUGUGCACUAUGUUUAUUUUUUACCUUACUUAUUGAUGAUUAUUUUACUUAAUGUAGAUGAACUUUACACAUGAACUGAUGGACAAAAAUUGCACACUUGAGGGCUAGUUGAUCAAGAAAUGCUCAGUUUGUUAUUGUAACAGGUCAGUUGAGUUAUAUUUUCGUUUUACUUCAUUAAUGUUAUAGUCUUUGAAGUUAUGCUUUACUUGUUAAUGAGAAUCAAGAAGCUUUUAUUAGGCUUGCAACUCCAUGUUUCAAAUCAAGAAACUUUUGUUAAUAAAACUUUAUUGUGUUUAGUUGUUUUGGAACAAUAUUGUUUCAGCACAUAUUUUUAGUAAUUCGUGGUUGUACUUUUAUUUAUAUCUCUUGAAAAAUGAAUAAAAGAUUGGUAAAUAAAUUCUAACAAUAGUAUUAGAGGCUUGAUCAUGUGUUUGUAUCUAAUUCACCUCUUCUUCGAAAAAUUCUUAGCGCCAAAUAUAAAUGAGACUUGUAUUGCAUCUACACUUUUAGACUUAAGACUUUUCUGUAAGGUCAUGUGAUAGCACAUAUGUAACACCACAACAAUUUUGGGCAAACUUUAUGAUUUAAUUUACCAUAAAAUGGUAUUACUUAAUAAACAUAAGUUAUUUCUAACUAAAAAAAUAUUAUUUUCAAAGUGUGUAAAAAAAUAUAGUAGUUUCAUUUAGUUAACAAGGCUAACUAUAUUCAUUAUUAAUAUGUAAUAAAUAAAUAAUUAACUAAAUGAGUAUAUGAAUAGGAAAUGUAGUAGCUAAUUCAUGAAUGGGAAAAGUCAUAUAUAACUAAUAAUAAUUAUUAGCAUAUUAUAUUAAAUUUAUGACUACUAAAUAAAUUACUACAAUAAUGUAUUUUUAUAACCUUUCAUAUUCCUUAAGUUGUAGUCUAUUAAUAAUUUAUAAAACCCAUCAAGUCAUAUUCUUAUCUUUAAUCUCAUUUUAUAAAUUAUAAUUUAAGAAUUGGUAGACAUAUUCUUUCUUUUUAAAAGCCUCUUCAAGUCAUGUUAUGGUUCAUUACCAAAAACAAUUAAUUAAUCCUCCUUUCUCUUUUUAAUUUUUUUUUACAACAAUUCAUAUAUAUAUAACUUCAUGAUUUAAUUUCUACAUCGUGUUUAGACCUAAACAUUUACCUAACAAUGUAACAUAAAAGUGAGUAUAAAAGGUAACCCAAAAGUAUACUCAUAUGUGUCCUAUUUACAUGCAACUGGUGUUCAUGCUGGUGCUGCUUCUGUUGAUGUACAUGGAUUUGGUGUUGGUGCUGUUGUUUCUUUUGUUGGUGCUGUUGUUGGAAUAUCUGGUGUUGCUUCUGUUGAUGUACAUGGAUUUGGUGUUGGUGCUGUUGUUUCUUUUGUUGGUGAUGUUGCUUCAUUUCACUAGUGGAAAAAACCUCAUUUGCUGCGGUUUUUUGGCCAUUAUUUGUUGCGGUUUUGGCCCCCAGCAAUAGUGAUAGCAGCAAAUGUCCUACUUCAAAAUGCUGCGGUUAAAAACCACAGCAAAAAAGAGCAUUAUUUGCUGCGGUCAGAGGCAAAACCGCAGCAAAUAAGUGGGCAUUAUUUGCUGCGGUCAGAGGCAAAACCGCAGCAAAUAAGUGGGCAUUAUUUGCUGCGGUUUUCCCUUUGACCGCAGCAAAUACUUGCUUUUUUUUUCUUUUUUUGUUUUUUUUAAUAAUAAUCCAAUAAUAAUACAAUGUAAUAACAAUGAUUAAUCCAAUAAUAAUCCAAUGAU